UUGACCCCCCGAGCAAACCGCGGUGAUCAUGCGUGCUGCUAGCCGAGGCCGGACCGCUGGACCUUGAGCGCCUCCAGGUGCGACGGCGCGGCUGUUUGGAGCGUCUUAGACGGAGAAACGCGGCGGCUGCUGCGGUGAAACUGAACGAACGGCGCCGCUGUUUGGUCGCUCAGCUCCAGCAUGGUGCUGCAGAGGAUCCUGGUCGCCCUGAUCAACAAGGCGCAGCUGGUGGAGCGGCUGUCCGAGUCCAGAGCCAUCCGCAGGGCGGCGCAGCUCACCGCCUUCGCCAUCACCAAAGGUCAGCUGGUGGGGAAGCAGGCCUCGGCCAGGGUGCUGGACUCCAACACGGUCAGGCACAUGCGGGAGGAGGCGAGGAGAAUGCCGCAGAGCGCGGCGGAAGCGGCGCAGACCGUCUCCAGGCUGAGGGACACGUUCGUUAAGGAGGUGAAGGAGGGAAUGAGAGAGGCCAGCCGGCAGAUAAAGGACAGAAAGUGACCCCUUGUGGACUGAGAGCAGCUGGAUUGAGCACAAAUGUUGAGCAACGCUGGUGACACUGUAUAUAAAUAAAAAUAAUGCGUGGCCACGACUUAGUAAGGCGUGGCAACGAGAUCCUAAUGUGUGGCCACGACUUGGCAAGCUGUGAUCUCGUUCCCACGCCUUUUUAAGUCAUGGCCAAGUUUUAAUCAUCACAUUCUCGCGCCUUACCAAGUCAUGGCCACGCGUUAGGAUCUCGUGGCCACACGUUUUUAUUUAUACAGGAUGUUGUCAUCUUCCUCAGGGCUCCGUGCGAGACUGAAGUCAGCUUCUUGGUCCAAUUGUCCUGGUGCACCUUAAACGGUGCAACAGACACUGUAACUGUUGCACCAUUUAAGGUGGAACGGGAUGUUUCAUCCAGGAAGCCAACCGUGGACAAUGCUGUGUUUAUGUGAAGAUGAGAAGUUCUGGUGUAGGGAAUGCAGUAGAAGCCAUUAGGUUCUCACGGGUGGACUUCAGUCCAUCACUCUGUACUGUUCUUGUAAAUACACACAUGGAAAAGCUCUAGAUCUGUAAAGUGUGUUCUUACAUCAGCCUUUCUGAGCCCAGCUCCGUCCUGUUCACCUGCGCAGGCACUGUUUUAUGUUCCCAGGCUCCUGAUUCACAUCAUCAGCUGUAUCUCUGAAGCCUCUGACCUCAUGAUUCGAUUAGAUGAUUCAGUGUCUCGUUUCGAUUCGAUUAUUCUGGUGCGAUUCAGAAAAACGGAUCGUCGCUGUGCAAAGAAAAACGGGCAUUUCCAAAAAAGUUCUCAUGAGAGGGAAAAUUUCUCUGUAGAAAUACUUUAUCUGCGCGCAUUUUUGUUGGUCCAUACAUCAUGAAAUUCACACCGUGUGAAGGGCAGCUGCUCUGAUCAAUGUGGUUGGUUAGUGUAGUGGGUAACACCUUUGCCUUUCACACUGUAGACUGGGGUUCAAUCCCCCACCAGGGCAAGCACACUACACUAUACCAAUAAGGGUCCUUGGGCAAGACUCCUAACACCACCUUGGCCUACCUGUGUAAAGUGAUCAAAUUGUAAGUCGCUCUGGAUAAGAGCGUCAGCAAAAUGCCGUAAAUGUAAAAAAUGUAGAAAAAAAAAGGACAGAUUUUAAUGAAGUGUCAAUAAAACCAAACCAGUAUUUAAAAUUGCAAAAUACGAGCACAUACUUUAUAUGAAAUUCAAAUUAAAUUCAAUAUAUUUGGCAUUAUUGCUACUAAUGAUGAUACUAGUACUAAUGAUAGAGAAGACAACAUUAGAAGAGACAAGGAGUUGAACUGACACCAGAUCAACGUGUUUAAAUGCAUUUUUGACCUCUGUUAGCUUGUGGAGCCGAAUCAGGAGCGUUAGAGCAGGAAAAACACCAGUGCAGUGCUGUCGGACUGGACAAGAGCCGGGAAACUGCUGUAAAAACCUGUAAAUGUUUCUCAGUCCAAUCCUUAGUGAUCCUAUAAGGCCAGUUUUGUGGAAUAUCCCAGCUCCCAGCAUGCCUGAAGGAAACAUUUAGGAAGAUAUUGGUGAAUGAGGCCCAAUGUUCUAUGUUUUUUUUCUUGAAUUUGUUCUUGAGAAAGGUCUACGUGUUCUUAAACCACAGAACCUUGGUCCUCUUGAGUGUGUGUAGGUUCUGUUCUUACCCAAGAACAAAUGCCAAAUAAGAACACACUGGUGAAUGUUAGUAUCUUCAUAAAAAGCGGGUUUUGAGAAGAAAGUUCAGCUGGUGAAUGAGGCCCAUUGAAGAAACAGGCCUGCUGGGAGCUGGAACAGAGCAAAAUUGAGGACUAGACUUAGAAACGUGGUGUAGAAGUGUGAUGCAACAUGGGCCUGUUCUGACUGUCAUAGUUGUACUGUUUUGUUCGUAAUCACUCAUUAGAAGACGUCUACUUGUUUUCUGUCUUUAAUUAUGCGCUUUGUGCCACAGUCCAUCGUGUCGUCUGGGUUCUGUAGGGUUCAUUAAGCACUUUUAUGAUGGUAAUUCUACAUGUUUGAAGAAUUAUUAUCUUUGGUGGCAUUGAAAUCAAAUUAUUUUAAUGACAUGAUGAGAUGGAAGUCAAAAAUACAACUUCCAAAACUGAAUAAAUGUCAGUGGUGUAAUAAACUCCAUUUAAUAAAGUGAGUGUAAAUGUACCAUUUAAUUAAUGAUGCUGGAGUGACCUCUACUGGCUGUUUUGACAUCACAUUAACAUGAAAUGAGUAAAAAUAAAAGUAAACGCUGUUCUACA